AAGCCUCCGGACUGGUAAGCUGACAACAUGUUGCUUGUGGGCCUGAAAUACACUCUGAUACUGGCCAUUAGCUGUUGUUCCCUGAUCCCCAUCAAUGGAGUUGGUACACAAACUGACCAGGAGCUGCCGCAUCGCAUCUACCGACUUCUGUACGGACUCUCCGACGGACGCAGCCUGAGCGCCAGCUCCAUAUUCGCCCUGCUGCUAUCCCAGUUCCUGAUAAAACAAAAACUACGCUACGUGGCGCCCACGCGUUACGAGAGGCAGCUCUACUACCAUCUGCUGCACAGGAUGGAGCACAUUAGGGAGCGAUCUGGAUUGCUUCGCGAGCAGGGUGUUCAGGGGGAUAUUCUAAACAUUGCUCUUCAGAAGAAUGUGUUACUUUUGCCUCCCUCAUUGAGAUUGGGGGAAUUGGAUGCCAACGCGGAGUACGAACAGUUAGCUGAGAUCUACUCGAAAGUCGUCAACGAGGGACAGCUCAACAGGACACAAUCGGAUCUCUGCCUGCGGGACAUUGUGGAGUUAAAGCCCCCAAAAUGCAAGCUGCUAUCGUCGAAAUGUUUGGAAAUACUGGCCAAUGAUGCACCAGCAUAUGGAUACCAGAGGACACACCAGGUUCUUUUGCUCUAUGUAUUGCAGCACCAGGUGUGUGCCCCUCAUCUCAGUCCACCGCAGGUGUACGAACUACUAGCCAGGAGUCAGUGCGAUGAGGUGGAACGCGAACAGAACGCCAUCCGGAGCCUGGGGCUGCCUGUCGCAUAUCGCGAUCUGUAUUUGGAGCAAGCCACCAUCUGCGGAUUGUUUGGGUACAAUGAGUUUGUCAACUGGCGCAACGUAAUGGAAAUUGGCAGCUGGCUGGAAGGGGAUUCGCCGAAGGAUAUAUUGGCUGCUGACGGAGAUAGUCAGCACAUAAGCGAUUUGGCCUUGGUCUUCUAUAUAAAUGCACUGCUGCUGCUGCAUUAAGCCCCUAAUCUAUUGAACUCCUCCUUCCUCUUCCAUAAUUU